CAGGCAGGGCACUGGGGCACAGUAGAAGGACCCCAGAAGAUGCUGCCUCUCCUGAUCAUCUGUCUGCUGCCUGCCAUCGAAGGGAAGAACUGCCUCCACUGCUGGCCAGAACUGUCUGCCUGGAUAGAUUACGACCUGCAGAUUCUCUGGGGUAGCCCGGGGCCACCCACAGAACUUUCUCAAAGCAUUCACUCCCUAUUUCUAGAGGAUAAUAAUUUGCUCAAACCUUGGUACCUUGAUUGUGACCAUUUGGAAGAAGAAACAGCCAAAUUCUUCACUAAAGUAUACCAAGCCAUUAAGCAAUUACGAGAUGAUAAAACAGUACUUCUGGAAGAGAUUCACAUGCACAAGAAUCUCUUUUCUGAGAGGCUGAAUAAGAUAUCUGAUGGGCUGAAGGAGAAGGCCUGCAAUGAGUCCUGUGACAUACAGUCCACAGUGAAGGUCACCAGCUGUGCCGACUGCAACUUUCUCUCCUGCAAUGAUCCCGCCUUCUGCCCAGCCAGGAACCGGCGGACCUCCAGGUGGGCUGUGAGUCUCAGCAGUGCUCUGCUCCUGGCCAUAGCUGGAAGUGGAUGUUCCUUUUACUGGCACAGGAAGAAAAAGGCAGUAAAGCAGGAACAGGGCAGUCCUCUGUCUUCCAGAAGUAAACAGAAGCCGCAGCUGCUGUCAAGAAACUCACUCAUCUCUGGUGUUUGCUUCCUGGAGCUAAUGGCUCAGCCUGGAAAGCUUAGACUCAGGCUGACUUCAGCAGCACCACCCCACGCCCAAAGGGCAGGAAGGAAGAGAAGGCUGUUUUGAUUGGCAUUGCCAAGGAGCAGAGGUCUGAGAGACCUUGCGAGUUUCAGGAAUCUCCAGGGAUUGUGCUUUGGCUGGAGCAGGUGACACAAGUGAGCAUGUGGUGAGAGAGUCCACAGAUGUAAGGUGUAAAGAACUCCAAGGACACCGCCAUACAGCGGGGAUGGAGGUGCAGCCAUUCUGCAAGAAUAGGACCUAGACCAUUACCUCAAAAGUAUCCAGAGUGGCUGUUUCCUGAUGCGUGCAGUAAAAAUAGAAGACCCUGGGUACAGUUCAUUCUGUCGAGCACCUUCAAUACCAGGCCCUGUGCCAGAUGCACUACAGAGACCAUCCCCAGUCUCAGCAUAACACCCCAUGAAGGUUCUCUUCCUCUGAGACAGAUGUCAGAACGCAGUGCGCCCCCACCAGCUGGCCCCCUGUAAAGCGUGGGUGUGUGCGGGUGAUGUGUGCUGGCCUGCACACCCCCAGAGUGCACAGCUUCAUAGAUGCCGCAUCUCAGACCAAAAUCCAGAGAGAUUCAGCAAAGGUCCAAAGACCUUGUACCAAGCUUUCCUGCUUGUAUCCUGACUUCCUGCUGAAACCACUGCGUGCAGGGAGGUGAGAGAGACAGAGGCAAUUCUCAGGAAUCGAAUCUUAGCAGAAAUAAGACAAGUUAACGAGAAAUGAAAACAGAAGGCUCAUCCUGCUAGAAGAAAGGCUGUUCCCAUGCUGUGGUGUUAACCGGUAAAAACUGAGUAGGCUCCCAUCAAUUGAUGAAACUUUUAAACAGAGAAAGAAACAGAGAAAGCAAAUCUUCCCAUUUGCUUGCAGUGAAAGCUCUGCAUUUUUCUCUGCCUUGGGGAAUUCAGAAGGCUUUCACUUCUCUUUGGAGUUUGGAGUGGGGCAUAGGAGCACCACCUCUGUCAAAUGCCAGGUAGAAGCUGACACCAACAGACACCCAGAGACAGAGCCCACAGAGUCUCUUGCCAAAGGAGGUGAGCCAGGAGCUGCUAGGAGUCCCUGGGGAGCAGUUGUGACAUGCUGUGGAGACCCAUCACUGACUCCCCACCCUGGUGCUGAACCCAAGAGCAGCAUCCUGACAGUGCCCACCUGGUUCACAUCACCAGGGACUGUCUUAGCCCAUCUCCUCUAGAAACCCUUACCAGUCCUGGGGACUAAAACCCUCCCCUCAUUCCCAGCACACUUACUCUGGACUAUCCAGUGCACCCUCUUUGUACUCCACCUCCAUCAUCAGUUCUUUUCAGCAUUUUACACCAUCUGGGUCAGGCCACAGCUCGGCACCUUCCUGGAACCUCCAGAGGGCAAGGAUUCCAAGUGUACUGAGUUUCUUUGUGCCAGGAACAGCCAGAGAGCCCUCACCAAUGCCAUCACGGAAUCAAAUCCCUGCCACAAUAGCCUGUGAAAGGGUUGCUCUUUUUAUCUCCAAUUUAUGGGUGAAGAUACUGAGACUUACGACAUUUAAAUGACAUGAGCACAGAACUAAGAAGUGAGAGAGCUUAGGUUUCUCACCCAGGACUGUCUACCUGUGCGAGUCACUUCACAAUGCCACCCUCUCAGGGCUGCACCUGCACUGUUUGACGAGUCCUCCCCAAAGUUUCAGGCUCCAUAUUUCUGGGCCCAUUCUCAGAUCCCUUUAGUCAAUCUUUUACCUGGGGAUUCUUGUUGGCUUCCCUCUUACACUAUAAGGAAAUGUUUACAGUCGGGACACUGCCUUCCCUCCCACGUGGGCAGAUGUCAGCUGAGGUAAAACCACACAGACCAGCCUUGGCCUGAUGUAGAGCAGGCAGUAACUCCUGGGGAGGCAGGGCCAGGACAGAGGGGCGCUGAGGCAAGGCUUUAUUUGGAUCUGACACAAUCUGAGACCAGAAAGUGGGAGGUCAGGCAAGAGGAGGAGCAGAGAUGGGCCCUUCAAGCCAGGGUAGCCCAUGGGAGGUGCAGAGUGAGGAGCAGGAGAGGAGGAGGGGAAGGAACCACAGCCCAGAUCAGGCAGAACUACGCGGUUUGUGUCAGAAAGCUGCAUCUUCUGAGUGAGAAAAGGCCCUGCAGGGUUUUAAGCAGGGGAACAAUAUGAUCCGGGUAUGCCUUAAAUGGCUGAUGGUAGAAAAUGGAAAUAGGGGAUAAGGGUGGGGAGGAUGAAUGUGGCGGGACCCCUGAAGACCACCCACCCUUUCUGAGCUGUGCAAUACUCCGGCACAUGAACCUGUGGUCCUGGAAGCCCCUUUCACCACGCAAACCACCUCUUCACACAAAGGGCCUAGUGAGCAAGUCCACAGGAGUCAAUGGAUGGAUAGGUGGUUUCAAUUGCUGUCACUUAAAAAUCUUCAUGUGCUGGGCUCCUUCUGGCUUAGGUUCUGUGGAUCCAGAAUGCUCCAGAGAAGAAUUAGGGAUGUGAGGAUGUUUAUGAAAAUAAUUUCUAAAGAGUCUCCUGGUUUCUGAUGGAGGAUUGAAUGCAUUUAUCUAAUUUUUCUCCCUCCUGAAAUUCCAUUAAAACUAUAUUAAAGGAUUUGUUAAAAUCAUAAACCCACAGAGAUGGGAGAACAGGAGAGAAGACAGCAGCAAUUAAAUUUCAGUAGCUGGAGGUGACUAAAUUGGCAGACCCAAGACAGAUCUGAAGCCAGCAACAGAGGAAAAGGAGACCCAUCCCAAGUGAUGCUACAGAAUCCUGAAGGCCAGUGGCAUGCCGCAGGGGAGGGGCAGGGACAGCCGCAGAAGCCAUAGGCGUCUGCUGCAAGUGGUAAGAGCAUGCACUAUGUACAGAAAAAGUAAAGCGAGAAUGAAACCGACAACCAGUCAGUCUGUGGCUCUUACCACCACACAUGGGCAAUUUUAAACGGUAGCACUGAUAAAAUUCUCCUCCCUGUGGUUGCCUAUGCUCCCAACCUCAUCCACCACUGCUCAAAUGUCUCAUGGGCUGGCAGUGCCAGGGUCUUCUGCACUGUGGGCAGAUGGGGACAGGCUAAAGGAAAGGGCUGGGGGAGUGCAUAAGAAGCCCCUUCCCCACUUCUUGCCCCUAGAAACUGCCCCUCCUCCCCUUCUGGAGAAGCUUGCAGUGGGGGUGCCAGACACUGGCAAGAGCGUGAAUAUUGGAACCAGAACAGCUGUCAGGGUGAUUGUAUGACUGUGGCACGAUUAACGUAGAGGCCUCUGGCCCUCUGUAUCCAGAAUGUCAGCAGUGAGACUCUGACCCUUGCAUUAACCAUCUCUUUUUAUUUUCUGUAUUCUGAUGCUUUGACAUCCAGGGACCUUGCUGACCUUAGAAGGCCUGCCCUCCCAGGGCUAGCUAACUCCUAGAGACUGCAAGCAAUCUCACACUCACCUGUAAGUGUGCCUUUCCAUUGCAAACCAACCAAUCCAGAGUCUACAAUUCCAACCACCUUAUUUAUGGAGCUCUCACACUCCAGAUCACUACCCACCUACUGUGAUAUUCUCAGCACCAGGGACCAGACGUGGGCUCAGCCCCUUUUCAGCAGACGUCACUUGAGGUCAUUCAAACUACCCAUUGCUAAACCUACUUACACUGUCUCGCCCAUUCCUUCCCACAGAAACCACAAAAAAGGCCCUCGCCCACAGUUUCCCCUCACUCCCUCUGCCUCCUGACCCACUCUGCUGCUUCCCCAUGCGGCUCUGUAGGGCACGUCCUGCCGCCUGUUUCCAGGAAACUAUGAGUAUAAAAAACUUCUUCCAUCAUGACAGUCAUUUCCAUGCCUGUGUGUCUAUCCCUGAUCAAAACAAAUCAGGUACCUUUAAAGCAACUAGCACAGUGAACAUGUGGCUUGAUGCCACAUGGAGAUAAUAUGCCUUAGGCUGUUCUAGGCUCACUAACUGGAUCCACAGAUGGCACCCACUGCUGGGCAAGGCACUGCUGCUUGUUGGCACCCUGCAUCUGGAUGUACUGUCUGCCAGGUGUGGUAUCCUCCACUUCCUCUGCCUCCUGACCAACCCCGGUGCUUCCCCAGGUGGUCUCCAUGGUGUGCCAAGCCCCUUCUCUUGGCAAUUUUCGGCAGGCUUUACAAGAAGCAUGGUGUCAGCAUCUGCAUCUGGUGAGCAUCCCAGGCUGCUUCCAUUCAUGUGGAAGGCAAAGGAGCAGCAGACAUGUCACACGGCAAGAGCAGGACUGAGAGAGAAGAGUGAGGCACCAGACUCUUAAACAAUCAGAUCUGUGGGUAACUCAUGACCAUGAGGUUGGCACUAAGCCAUUCAUGAAGGAACCGACCCCAUAACCCAAACGCCUCCCACCUCCAACAUCAGGGAUCACAUUUCAACAUCAGAUUUAAAGAGUACAAACAUCCAAACUGCAUUAGAGGUACAGGCUGCAGCCCAACCAGAUCUUGUUCUUCUCAAGGACUCUUGUAAAUGUUCAGGGAAGCUAAAGCUGGACUGCAACCCAGAGACUUCACCCCGAGACUCCACCCAGCUUCUCUACCCCUGGAAGACUUCAUCCAACAGUGGCAGUGCUGCCCUCUUCUUAGGCUUGAGCUUAGUGCUCAGCUUUCCAAAACAGGACAUCCCAUCAUUUUGGGAUACAUAAAAAGGAAGCAAAGCCAUUUGGACGGCAUGGAAACAAUGCACACCCAAGUGGCAGGGAAAGGAGAGGAUGCCCAUCGUGUUGAUCAGACUCAGCUGCUAGAAGACUCACUGGCACUCUGAGAAGUCGGCAGCAGAGCAGCACCCAGCCACACAUGAGCAUUAAGCACUGGAGAAGAAUGAGC